UAAUCCCAUCUCUCUCUAUCUCUCUCCCUCUCUCUCUCCCUCUCCCUAAUGGGAAAUGCAAUGUCUCCUUGUUGUCAAUCAAGUAAGAGUUCAUUGGUGAAGCUAAUCUUUUGGGAAGGAACAACAAGAAUUCUCACCGGAAAACGGUUAGCCGGAGAGAUCAUGUUUGAGUUCCCGGACCAUAUGGUAUGCCAUGCAGACUCAUUUUUCAUAGGUCACCCCAUCCCUGCCUUAGCCAUCGACGAUGAGCUCAUGUUCGGCCAAACCUACUUUGUACUUCCUCUCGAUUCCUUCUCGUGCAACGUUCUUUCAGUUUCUUCAAUUGCAGCCUUGGGUUCUAGCCCUAAACGGGCCCCUAUCGAUUUCAGAGAGUGCCCGUUCGAGUACAUCAAGGGCUCGAAUGGUAGGGUCUCGAUCAAGGUCUCACCUGAUUUCAUGAUAAAGCUUAUUACGAGAGGUAAAGAAACCCUAGAAUCGACUAGUCCUAGCCAUAGUUUUCUUUGUAGCACACCAGAGUUGAAGAAGCACUAUGACCAGUUGGUUGGAUCUAGAGAACAAGUAUGGUCACCGAAGCUCGAGACCAUUUCCGAGUAUAAGAUUAGGUUUUCUCCUUGCAGAUUUAUAGGGUUGGAAUGGAAACAACAAGAGCAGCAAAGCUAAGUUUCAUCCUUUUGGAUUUUGAAGUGCAGAUAUGUAUUUGAUAGCUAGUAUUGUCUUUAUAUUGUUCUCAAUUUAU